GUGAGGAAAUUCACAUCUGUCAGCGAAACGAAACAAACCACACAGGGAAACAAGCGCGUCGUGCAAACAACUUUUUAAGAAUUGCUUAAAAUUUCAAGUGAUUUUUGACGUUUUAGGGAUUUUUCUCUGAAGAAAACGCGGUGCUGUCCAUAGAAUGCAUUAUUGUUUUUCGCCUCUUAUUUUUGGAGAGGUGCGAAUCACUAUUUUGGGCAGGUGAAAGCUCUGACUGUGCAUGGCUUUGAUGAGCGGGCUUAUGUUUCUCAGUACUGGCUGUCUUUUUAUAUAAGAAAAUAGCUACUGGAUCCAAGACCAGAGACAAACUAAUCAAGUAUGCGCUUAACUGGAGUAGCCUACACUGGCGAGGUGUCCCUUGGAUCACCGCCGGGAUUACGUUGUCGUAAUGUUCAAUACUUCGGACGUCGAUCACACUUUCAAUAAGAGAGAGGAUGUUUCCGAAGUUAUCAAUGGCACUCUGGAGCUUGUCUACAACGUCACCGCUGAUCCUACAGUCAUGUGGAACGAUACGUGCGGGGAGACACUACUUGAUUUCGGCAGUGGAGAGAAGAUAAUUAUCGGAGUGAUGUUGGCUAUCAUCACAGCGGUCACUGUGAUGGGAAACACAUUGGUUGUCAUAGCGGUUUGCGUGGUGAAAAAACUAAGACAACCAUCAAACUAUCUUCUUGUGUCUCUGGCCGUGGCAGAUCUCUCCGUGGCAAUAGUUGUAAUGCCGUUUGUUAUAGUGACCGACCUAACUGGAGGCAAGUGGCUUUUUGGGGAGGUGUUUUGCAACAUCUUCAUUGGUAUGGAUGUAAUGUGCUGCACAGCCUCCAUCAUGACCCUGUGCGUGAUCAGCGUUGACAGGUAUCUGGGAAUCACCCGGCCCCUCACAUACCCAGCCAGGCAGAACGGUCAGCUGAUGGCCAAGAUGAUCCUGGGGGUGUGGUUGGUGUCCGCCUCCAUCACCCUGCCCCCCUUCUGUGGCUGGGCCAAGAAUGUCCACACGGGCGGCGUGUGCCUCAUCAGCCAGGACUUUGGCUACACCAUCUACUCCACGGCAGUGGCCUUCUACAUCCCCAUGCUCGUCAUGCUCUUUAUGUACUACAAGAUCUUCAGGGCCGCCCGCAAGAGCGGUCUGAAGCACCGCUUCACCGACUUUGCCCGGCGGGAGCGGCUGGAGACAGUGGCCAGUGAGGCGCUGAGGAUGCAGGGCCUGAAGCCGCAAGGUGUGGCCGAGGAGUGUGCGGCGCUAUCCCGUCUGCUGUCCCGUGAGCGCCGCAACAUCUCCAUCUUCAAAAGGGAGCAGAAGGCAGCCACCACGCUGGGGGUGAUCGUCGGUGUGUUCUCUGUCUGCUGGCUGCCCUUCUUCAUCCUGUCCACAGCUAGGCCUUUCAUCUGCGGGGUGGAGUGCAGCUGCGUGCCCAUCUGGCUGGAAAGGUUCCUCCUCUGGCUGGGUUAUGCCAACUCCCUCAUGAACCCCUUCAUCUAUGCCUUCUUCAACCGGGAUCUGCGCUCCACAUACAAGGACCUGCUACGAUGCCGCUACCGCAACAUCAACCGACGCCUGUCCGCCGUGGGCGUGCAUGAGGCCCUCAAGGUGUAGGAGGAAGAGGACAAGGAUGAGGAGGAGAGUUUGGGGCCCCAGAAGCGUCCAAGGAAUUUUAAAUGCCGUCCUUAUUGCAAAAACUACUGGGAAGUGCAGUUUCUGUGGUUGUAUAAUGGAAGCUUAGAGGGAUGACCUGUGACCUGGCAGUAGUAUUGUAGAUAAAGACAGAUAAAGACAGAGGCUGACUGUUACUUCCUCUCUAACCCACUGCAGAGGCACAGAGAUAAGGCCAUUCCUUAGGUCUGUGUCUGUGUCACUCACUCAGUCAUUCUAUUUUGGGACCAAAAACCAUGGACCGUAUUUGACGGGCUAUUCAAGUUGACACUGGCUUUGUGCAUAUGCUACACAGUCCUGACUUCAUAUUCAUGUCUGGUGGAUGGUGCAUUGACUGGGGAAAUGACAUGCGGACCCAGGCGAUAAUUCUGGGUCAUUCAAAGCAUGGGCUGCGAAUAGAUUUUUGCAUGAUGAUAUUUGCCAAAUUGAUGCUUGAGCAAGUGGGUGCCAGUGGCUAUUGAACCAAUGAAGGUCACGGAAUCGGUAUCUACAUAACUGUUUCCAGUUCAUCUUGUCUGUGGUACAGUAGGUGAUGAUGGUGAACAAUUGAAAGUGGUCUGUAUAGGUAUAUGUGAAUCUAUUACUUUGUGGAGGCAGUUAAGUGUUUUCUGUUUACCAACAAAAACACUGCAGAACAGAGGGGUAUACUACAAAGCAGGAUCAAGGAGCCUGAAUAUUCUGAAAAUGUUGAACGUUUUCAGAAAGAUUAUCUUGAAAUUGCCAUUGUCUCAUUGACUCAACAACCAAAAACACAUACAUGUAUCUAUGUUUAGCUUUUUUAAUGAACCAGAAAAUCAUCUGUUAUUUGUAGUUGUUUAUCAAAGUUAGCUGGCUAACUCACUGAAUCUGCUUUGUAGUAUACACCUCAGAAGGCACCUUUGUGUUGUCAUUUUAUUUCCAGACAUGCUUUUGACUGUCAGUUUCUCUAUUCAAUCAUUGAAUAGAAUACAUUGAUCUCUGCUGGCCAACAUCACUUAGCUAUUAAAGAGUUAACUACAAAGUCAACCCAAGGGACACACACAGAUCCAAGGGACACACACACAGACGCAAGGGACACACACACACAGACGCAUUGGACACACGCACACAGACACAAGGGACACACACACACAGACCCAAGGGACACACACACACAGACGCAAGGGACACACACACACACAGACCCAAGGGACACACAUACACACAGACCCAAGGGACACACACACACAGACCCAAGGGACACACACACACAGACCCAAGGGACACACACACACAGACCCAAGGGACACACACACAGACCCAAGGGACACACACACAGACCCAAGGGACACACACACACAGACCCAAGGGACACACACACACAGACCCAAGGGACACACACACACACACACAGACCCAAGGGACAUACACACAGACCCAAGGGACACACACAGAGACCCAAGGGACAUACACAGAGACCCAAGGGACACACACAGAGACCCAAGGGACACACACACAGUACAUGGCCAAGAUAGUAUAUUACUUUUGAAUAUAAAUCGUAAUGCAAAUGAAAGCCAACAAACAAAAGUUAAUCUUUCAAUGUUACCACAAAGCACUUGAGGGUAGCAAAUAUGACAAGCCUGUGAUUUGAAGUGAUUUAAUGGGUAAGAGAAAAAAGAGAUGGUACAACAAGUAGGCCUAAUGGUUAGCGCCUGAGAAUGUACUGUAACUAGAAACAUAUUAUCUCUGAGAAAUGCCCAUUUACAAAAUCCACAGGAACCCUCACUAUUUCAGAAAACAAAACUCUUGAUUUGGCAUUCAUUGUUCAGUGGAGUCUGCAUUGAAACUUGCAUCUGUCUAACAUGCUAUGCAUUAUCCAUGGAGGAGCAGAGUGUUGUGCAUAGUAAAUCUGACAUACAGUACAUAUGUAGGAUCGUAAACCCUGUUACUGCAGUGGACUAAAACAGGGUCAUACAGAGUGUUUCUUGGUAGUCUUAAACAAAUCUACUUUGAAACAAAAGUAUACACCUCACACACAUGGUUUUGGGCUUAAAAAAGAAGAUACAUGUACCAUGUCAGAUAUAGAUCAUGUUUUAAAUGUACACGUUAUAUACAUCACAGAAGACUGAAAUAUAACAAAAGCUUUGACAUAGAAACACACGUCGUAUAUAAAAAAAGAUGUUUCUUAAUUAUGAAAUGAUGAACAUUCCACCCAUGAGGCAACUAGGUCAUUAGACUGCAGGAAAGGGCUACUUCGAUCCCCCUGUUGCAUGAGAGCUUUCCUGCAAUGCAGGACAUUUAAAACUUGUAGUGUAUUUGAGGUUUAAAUAGGUUUCUGGAGUUUGUAAUUUCCAGACUUGGUUUCCCCGUACGAAAAGUAUAUCAACCCCUAAAAAAAUGUAAUUCAUUAUAAUCCACAUAAUAAUUCACAUUUCCUGUUGCUGGAUUAUUUUCUUGCUGUAGCAAACUGGCUGAAAUUAAGAUCCUACAUCUGUAGUUCAGCAGCACAGUGGUUUAAACUACGUCACCCAAGCAUACUUAAGCACAUAAGGGUAAAACAUGCAGAAGUGAUCUUAAACUAUGGAGCUCUAUGGGGAUGUUUUUGCUGAGUUGAGUUUUUACCACAUACACAAACAGUUAGAGUUGGCUGCUCGAAACAGACUGAUUUUCCCUACCUUUUGUUUGUGUUGUAACAAAAGCUGAUCAAACUAUUGAACAUGACCAUUAUGGAAAAGGCACUAAUUAUGCUGAUGAGGUUCACCCAACAAGGAAUAAGUCCACCCAUCAACGUCUUCAUCUCUAACACCUGAAGCAUCAGGUAUUGCUACUUCUGCUGUCUCUACAUAGCAGGAUGUGGUCAAAACUUCUAGGAACUCUGCCUCAACUUCAGUUGAUCACAACAACUGCUCUGUUCUGUUGACAUUCUCUGUAUUGAUCUGUGUAAAACGUAAUCAUUGAAGCAGCGUGUGCUUUCUCUACCUCGAUUUUUGUAAAGUACUUGUUCAUUAUUAUUGCAAACAGAUAUCUAUUCCUGGCUUGCACUAUAUUUUGUCAUAUGAUUCCAUGUUAUUUAAAGUGUCUAGUGUCAACAAAAUUCAUUCACAUACCGUCUACAACUGCUUUGCCGACAUUAUUCUCUCAAAUUUACCUGGAGAAAUGAAAGCAUAUUUAUUUCAACACUUUGUAAAUAAAGCAGCACUUGGUUUAAAAUC